CUGCGCAAAGAAGUAAUUUGUGUCAUCGUCUUAUUUCGGAGAAGCAUCCCGUGAGCAAAUUUCGGUGUUAACUGAAUUUGGAAAUUGCGUUGUGUUAGUUGGAACCAAUAUAGCAUGGCUGCAGAAGAACAAAUAGAGUGUCCACUAUGUAUGGAACCUUUGGAAAUUGAUGAUAUCAAUUUUUUCCCUUGCACAUGUGGAUACCAGAUUUGCAGAUUCUGUUGGCAUAGAAUAAGAACAGAUGAAAAUGGAUUGUGUCCAGCUUGCAGAAAGCAAUAUCCAGAAGAUCCAGCAGUGUUUAGGCCCCUCACAGAUGAUGAGCUUGAUCUCAUAGAAUGUUCUCAAUAUAGACUACAAAGAAUCAAAAAGGAAAGAAAGCAGAAAGACCUACAGAGGAAACAAAAAGCAGCUGAAAACAGAAAACAUUUAGCAAAUGUCAGGGUUGUUCAGAGGAACCUUGUAUUUGUUGUUGGUCUUUCUAAAAAAUUAGCAGAACCAGAGGUGUUAAAAAAGCAUGAAUAUUUUGGAAAGUUUGGAAAAAUUCAUAAAGUUGUCAUCAAUCAAAGUACUUCCUAUGCUGGAGCACAGGGUCCAAGUGCUAGUGCUUAUGUGACAUACCAUCGUUCAGAUGAUGCUCUCCGUGCCAUCUUAGCAGUGAAUAAUGUACAUGUUGAUGGGAGGACAUUAAAGGCAUCAUUGGGUACCACUAAAUACUGCAGUCAUUUUCUUAGAGGUGCACAAUGCCCUAAGCAAGAUUGCAUGUAUUUACAUGAAUUGGGUGAAGAAGCAGCAAGCUUUACAAAAGAAGAAAUGCAAGUUGGCAAACAUCAAGAGUAUGAACAAAAGCUGCUCGAAUCAUUUAUGAACUCCCAAAAUACUGCAAACAAUCAUGUGACAGGAACUAGCAAUAAAACUAUACCAACAAGAAAAAAGGCAACGUCACCUAUCCCAGUUAAUCAGACUUCAGGGACACCACCACAACAACAGGUUUCCACAGCUGAACAGAUUCAACAGCAACAAACGCCGCCAAAUAACACACCCCCACAACACACACAGCCAAUUCCCAACACAUCCAACAAAGAUGCUUGGCCAUCACUACAGACGGGAAGGUCUGAGCAACGUCUCACCAAUGGUAACAGGUCAAACCACAACCAACAGAAAUCAGAUACACAGCCACUACCCAACCACAACAGAGCCCCUGGCAACCACAAAGCUCGCACAAAGACAGAUGCAGACAUAGAAAAUAAUGGUAUACUCAAUGCAGUAGACAAACCAACAGACAAUUCAGUAAAGUCAGAUAUACCAACAGCGUCAACCCCACAGAACACACCGUCCGUGGGAACAGGGUCCCCUGUGUCCCUACCCCCAGGGCUAAAUACAUCAACUCACAGCAAAGCCCCACUAGGUACACAAUUGUCUGCACGAUUGAUGGCAAACCCAGGACUGAAGCCUAUACUUUUUGACAACCCUGCCCAGAGUCUUUCACUGUUUAGUAAUGGCAAUGGCUUUCAUGGCAAACGAUUCCAAAAAUUACCUGUGCCAACAGCACCAGCAGAAGUUCCAGAGCCAGUAUCAACCCCUGAAAUUGCAGAGUCAAUCCAAGUCACAAGUUGUACUGAUUGGCAGGCUGCUUUUGGAUUUGGGCCUAAAACCAGAGACUUGCCAGAUGAUGAUUUAGGUUUUGAUCCAUGGGAUGAGUCAUCUAAAGGUUUGGCAGACUUGCUAGAGAAGGAAAAUGGUAUCAGUCAAACCCACAGACCAAAUUAUUCAGAUCAAAAUAAUCGCUCCAACCAUCAACCCCAAAGCUUGCCACCAGGCUUUUCAUUAAGUCAGCUACAGCAGCAGCAACAGCAACAGAUGCACCAUCCAGCAUUUCUGAGACCAGAUGUAGGUAACAACGGAAUGCUAGGUUUUAUACAGCCAAAUAUGCCUCCACCAAAUUCAUACCACAAUAUGUUUGAUGAUGGAAAAGAACAAAAUCAUGUCAAUGCUCAGCGAGAUGUGUUCAACACUAAAGAUUGGCAAGAUGGUCUACGAGCUUUAUUGCCAAAUAUCAACAUUAGUUUUGGUGCAACACAGCAAGCAAAUAACCCAAUGUCUACACAUACUUCCUUACACAGUCAACAGCAACAAAAAAGCUCAGUGUUAUCAUCAGACAGUCCGCCACACUGGUUAAAAUCCAUUCACCAGCUUACAGACAUAGAGGGAAGCCACACAAACAGCCAAAAUCACAGACUACCUUUUGUGCAACAGUUCCCCAUCAGAAACACAGGCUGGCCCACACAGACACAGACCCCUCCCCCGGGCUUUCAGACAUCCAUCAGACCUCCCACACAUCCCACAGAACCACACAAAAUUUCUGAAGGUUUACAGUAGCUUUAAUCGCCGGAAACAGACAGAAGACAAAGAUGUUCUUUUUUAUUUCUACAAAAUCAACUCUCAUUGCUUAUCUUCAACUCCAUUGACAACUUGAUUUAUGAUGGGCAGGCAGGAAAUUUUGGCAUAACUUAGCCAGAACACUAGUGACUCUUACGUAUCUAUUUAUUUUGUGAUGUUCAAAAUGUUUGUGAAUAGAAACAAAUUCUUAAUACUGUCAAUUGAUACUCCUAGAUGAGAUGGGCUUUUCAGAUUGACAAAAAUUCCUAUUUCAGGUUACAAAUAUUUACUAAGGCAAGAAAUGUUUAUAUUUUAAUAGGAACUGUUGUGUGCUACAACAAGACAUUAACUGAAAAAGGGGAAAUCUCCUAUGUUUUAGGAAUAAUAUCCUUUGUUUAAUAUAACAUUUUUAAUCAAAUGUAAUGAUAUUUUUAAAUGGAUAUAAACCCAUUAUUGGGUCUUGAUGAAAUUUUAUGUCGUAAGUUUUUGCACAUUCAGGAUAAUGUUUAAUUAUUUACUGUAGAUUACUUAGAUUUUGUACAUGCUUCCAUGCUCCACUCAGGGUGCAAAUUUUGUACAAUGUAUAACUAGGAUACUUGAAUUUGAUUGAUGCGAAUUUAGGAAAAUACAUGGCUGACAAUGACCUAAGCAAUCUACAGUAGAACUUAAUGCUUAUAGUAUUGAAAAUGCUUAAUACCAUAAAUAGGUAAAAGGCCAAGAUGAACAUAACUAAAUACUAGUACCAAAACGAAGGUAACUUACGCAACAGCUUUAUGUUUGAUUUAAGUGUCGUUCAGAGCAUUUCUUUGUCCUUACCUUUUCAUGUCUGAUGAAUACUUCUUAAAACUAUGUGUACAUGAAUGUUCUCCAUGUUGUUCAAACAUUUCCUCAGUCAUUGUUUAUCUUUAUGGCAUCACAAUUCAUUAUUCAUAUCUGAUACAAAUUAUAUGGAACUUUUGUGAAACAUUCAUUGGCCUAAUAUUUAUCUAAACACAGAAUUUUUUUUCUGUAUUCUGAAAGGCUGAGACAUCCUUGAUAGUGACUCAUCAAUGGAGUAACAACCAUUAUUUAGAGAUCGGGAUCAACAUAUUUUUUUGAUGAUUUUUAGUUGGCUGAUAUGUUUUUCUGCUUUCAUAAUUUUUCAAAAAUAAAAAGUGGGGUUUUUUUUUUAAGCUUAAUGUGAAAUCUUAAGAUAAAUUAUGUAACCAACUUUAAAAAAAAACCUGUUUUGAAACCUAUUCAACAGUAUGUGUUCAUAGUACAUGUAUAUCAUAUGUAUGCAAAACCACAAAACAACAGAUUCUUGUGUAAAUGCAGUUGUUGAAAUGUCAUUACCUUUCUAUAAAACAGAUGUGACUCAUGGUGGACAUCUCAUUAUCCUAACUAUUUGUGAUUAGUUUUUAUCCUACAACUCAUUCAGAGUGAGACAAGCAUUGUAAAUGUGAUUGCAUAUGUAUUUACAACAUUACUACUGGUUGUGUGUUCCUGCAACAACUGCCCAUCAUUAUCAAAGUGUUACCUGUCGAAAAAAUAACCAGACACCAGUACCACACAGGACUACAAUUGUUUUUAAUAUCUCUUUUAACUUUACAUCAUGUAAACUUUAGGUGAAUGAGAUUAAUUCCGAUGUUCUACGAAACAUUGUAUAUUUUGCAUUGGUAUAUGAGGGAAAAUAUUUCAAAUUAAUCCUUGAUAAAACCAUUUACCGUUCAAGAAGAACAAAUAAUAAUAAUAAUGAUGAUAAAAGACUAUUUAAGGUAAAUGACACAGUGAGUUUACAAUACUCUUCUUGCAAGUGGUUGACGUUAGAAAUGUACAAUAUUUACAAUCUUUUAUCUACUUCAGUCUGACUGAGUAAACUGAUGAAUUUAUGAAAGUGUAAUACAAAGAAAAAACAUUUAUUUAAGAUAUGUGUAAAAAUGUUGGAAUUGAUUCUGCUAUAUUUCACUCGUUUGUAUAAGUCCUGCCUGGUGUAACCAGUUUUCGCGAUCAUGUUUUUCUGUAGGAAUAGAAUCUUCUCAUCACGUUUCUUCAUGAGCUUGGUCCAUUUUUUCCAAGUUACAAAUCUUUAUAAAUAUCUCCAGGUUUGUAUUCAUUUCCAGUAUUUCGAGAUUUGACUUUCUCUUCCCCUCCACACACAUAAUAGCAAACAGGCUGCAAUCAUUGAUUCUGUUUUACAUUUAAUAUUUAUAUGCAGACAUUUUGUGACGAAUAAGGUUAUUGCACAACUUGAGAAAUUAUUGAAGAGCUUUUUGUCACACAAGUGUGACCUUAUGAGGCUAGGACCUGAAUGAAGGAGAUAUAUUAGAUAAAAAGGCUGUACGUUGUUGAGUCCUUAGCAUUAUGAUUUCCCAUAUCACACAUGAUUUUAAGCUUUACAAGUAUGUUAUAAUGAUUAUUACAAGAAUACCCAUAGCUUAACCUACACAUUGUGCAAAUGUUUGAAUUUUGGCAACAGCUGCCAUCUCCACGUUAUGUAGUAUUCUGAGGAAUUGUACAAAACUAAAAAGGAAGGGUGGUUUACAUGCCAAAAACUAAACAGGCUGACCAUUUUAUGCAUGGUACCAUUGACAAGUUACAGCCUAUUGGUAUGACCUUUACAUAAGGAUAAUAAAGUAUUAAUGAAAUA